CCAGUCGUCCACUAAUCCCAAAUUUUGUUUGAUUGGAUUGUUUUUGAAUUAUUUUCCCCCAUUUUUGGGUUUAAUCUUGGGUUUUUUGCUGGGCCACAAUUGUACUCUUAUCCAAGGCCAAUCCUUGUUAUUUUUCCUAUUUAAAAACACCGCCCCAUUAACGUUAUUCUCUCAAAUUUCUUCCCUUUUUUUUUUGUAAAUUUUCACCAAUAUAAAUUCAAUUAAAAGGGGCAUUAUUGCAUUACCCCAUUACAAAAAGAAAUUGUAAAAAAAAUAAUUUAAUCUAAGAAUUUUUUUUUUCUUUUUCUUUCUGGGUGUACAGUUUGAAGCAGAGCUCCAAUGGCUCUAAAUUUCUUGUCAACAGCAGAGAUAAGAGCUAUCUCCUUUUUAGAUUCCUCUAAUUCUUCAACUCAGCAUCUUAAACUUAAAGGUAAUCUCUCUUGCAAAAGGAAGGACAUUCAAACGUUUAGCAAAAAGAUCUGUUGUUCAGCUCAGACACCACCUCCAGCCUGGCCAGGAAGAGCAGUAGCGGAGCCUGAUCGUAAGGUUUGGGAUGGCCCAAAACCUAUUUCAAUUAUUGGAUCUACUGGUUCUAUUGGUACUCAGACCUUAAGCAUUGUUGCAGAACACCCAGAUAAGUUUCAAGUUGUAGCUCUCGCUGCUGGUUCAAAUGUGACUCUUCUGGCUGAUCAGAUCAAGAGAUUCAAACCCAAAUUAGUUUCCCUUAGAAAUGAGGCCUUAAUUGAUGUACUCCGAGAAGCUAUAGCUGAUGUUGAGCACAAGCCAGAAAUUAUUCCAGGCGAGGAGGGUUUAGUUGAGGUUGCACGCCAUCCAGAUGCUGCUACAGUAGUUACAGGGAUAGUUGGCUGUGCAGGGCUGAAGCCUACAGUGGCAGCUAUUGAAUCAGGCAAAGACAUUGCCCUAGCUAAUAAAGAGACCCUCAUUGCUGGUGGUCCUUUUGUGCUUCCUCUUGCGCGCAAGCAUAAUGUGAAGAUUCUCCCAGCUGAUUCUGAACAUUCUGCCAUAUUUCAGUGUAUCCAAGGAUUGACAGAGGGAUCUCUUAGACGCAUUAUUUUGACUGCAUCUGGUGGAUCAUUUAGAGAUUGGCCUGUUGAAAAGCUAAAAGAGGUUACGGUAGCAGGUGCUUUGAAUCAUCCUAUCUGGAAUAAUAUGGGGAAGAAGGUUACAAUAGAUUCCGCUACCUUGUUCAAUAAGGGGCUAGAAGUUAUUGAAGCCCAUUACUUAUUCGGGGCCGAAUAUGAUGACAUUGACAUCGUGAUUCAUCCACAGUCAAUCAUCCAUUCAAUGAUUGAAACGCAGGAUUCAUCAAUUAUAGCACAACUGGGUUGGCCUGAUAUGCGGAUACCUAUAUUGUACACACUGUCGUGGCCAGAUAGAGUAUACUGCUCAGAACUAACUUGGCCACGCCUUGAUUUCGUCAAGUGUGGUCCCUUGACUUUUAAAGCUCCGGACAAUGAAAAGUACCCGUCUAUGAAUCUUGCCUAUUCUGCAGGACGUGCUGGAGGCACUAUGACUGGGGUUCUUAGUGCUGCUAAUGAGAAAGCCGUAGAGAUGUUCAUUGCCGAGAAGAUAGCCUACUUGGAUAUCUUUAAAGUUGUGGAGCUAACUUGCGCAAAACAUCGGGAUGAGUUGGUGAAUUCACCUUCAUUGGAAGAAAUCGUGCAUUAUGACCUCUGGGCACGGGAUUAUGCUGCCAGUUUGGUGUCCUCCAAAGGCUUGAGCCCAGUCCUAGUCUAAAACUACCAACAACUUCAUGAAAUACAGAUUACUUGGAGUCCAGUCUCAGAAUUGUGCAUAGUUGGUUUUUUUUUUUGUUUUUUUUUUCCCCAAAGUUGUAGAGAAUAAAAAUCCUGCUUAGAAAAGCCGAUUUAUGAGUUGAACAGGCUGAAAUGUGCAAUGCUCUCCGAGUUUGAGGUUUACAGAGAAAAUAACAUUGCAUAGCCUGCAUUCUGCUGAAAUGUGCAAUGCUCUCCGAUUUAUGUUUGAUAAUCUAUAAUCCAGAUUGAAGAAUAAAAUUUUCUA